CCUCACCCGGUCUAAUUCGAUUGCCGAAUACCUAUCCCCCCCUUUAUAAUUGGCAAACAGCCCCCCAGACAGAUGAGUCCCAUCAAUAGUCUGUGGUUCAAGUGGAAAAGCCUUCGAUUGCCCUGGCGAAGAUCCUUUCUGGUUGGACAGGAUCUCGUUGGAAAUACAUUCUGGGAAUUCAGGGACAAACUAAAUGCCGGCCGGUUUCGACGAAUACUCAAACCGCGACCCAGAACACACUAUGCCGACGUUGAAGUGAGCCCUCAAUGGCACCAAUGGCUUCGAUACGUUCGAUCAGAACCCCCUUCAAUCAAAGAACAACAAGACGAUGUCCUGAGGCGGCAAAGAAUAAUGUUACUGGCUGAAAUGCAAAACAAGCGCUGGGAGGCCGAACAGUCCCACCUGGAUGCGCCGGCGACACAACAACCAGGACCUGCCACCAAAACAAGCGAACCGACGUCAAAUACUGCUCCUGAUGCGUCAGGAAAAGAAUCAGGGACCAGAGCGGAUGGCCAAUCUCCGAACAAGACACCGACUGCCAAAGACGACCCCUUCUUCAAGCCCAAGGAUGCGCCAGGCGAGAAGUGGCAACCCGAAUCAUGGACGCCCACCCCUGCCAAGCGAUAAGGCUAGGAGGUGUGAGGAUGAAGGGAAAGAAUGCGCCUUGCGCAGGCUUUAUAUCGUCUACAGCGGUGGCUCGACUAUUCGGAGUAUAAUUCCGUAUUGUGCAUAGCCCAUGUCAUUUGGCUUAUUUUGACAUCGCGCGAAAUUAUAUGCACUAGGCAUUACCGCCCCAAGUGCAUUUCCCCAUUCCGUUCCUGCAGUUUGGACGCGGAAGCGCUCUUUUCCGUAAAGGAUACUAGAACGCGAUGGCAAUUAAUCUGGUGACUAUUAACAGACUUUGGGGUUCAUCAACGCUUCUCUUUACUCUUGUACCAACAAGUUUCUUAAGAUAAUUCAUGUACAAUUUAACGUGUCUUAAUAAACGAUUUCUGACAACCAUACAUUUCUAUAGUACACCC